GGGAAAUAAACAAUAAAUUAUGCAAGUACAAUAUAAAAUUAAUCAUUUUAAGAGAGCUCAGACAAAUGAGAUCUCCAAAUGAUUCACAAUCAUUUGGAUUGCGUCAAGAUUUUCAUGAAUUUACAUAGUUACAUCGCUAACCUGUUGAGACAAAUAAACAUUAAAGAGCAAAGUCAACAAUGUAGAAUAAUUAUAGAUAAGGAACUCCUAUAACAGAUUAAGAGGAGAUAGAAGGAGAGAAAUUGUUUGAUUAAUUUUUUAAGUUUAACAACUCAAAAAGUGAGAGCGAUUUUAUAAGAGAUUCUGUGUAGAGAGAUUUAAAAUAGCCAGAAUCAGAAUUUUUAAGGUUUGUAGAGAAUGCAAUUGAAUAUCAUAAACAAUCUGAAAUGCAUUUUCGACCUACUAUUAAAAAAAAUUAGCAUUUAUAAUAGAAAACAAAAGAACUUACAAUUUCAAAUAGAUUAUUGGCAAGUGAAAUUAAUAGAUAUAAAUAGAGAGAGAUUGAAUUAAAAAAUAAGAUAAAAAUAUUACAAAAAGAAUAUUAAUUAGAAUUGGGUCAAUUAAUAUAGAAGAAUGAAUGGUUAGAAGAAUUGUUAGUAAAACAAAAAAUAGACAAUGAGAAUUCUUUAUUGGCUGUUAAAAAAUCUUUGGAAAUGAUGUAAGGAAGAUGUAUGUGUCAAAAGGGAAUGGCUGAUAAGAUAAUGAAAGAAGUUAAAUAAUAAUCUAGACAAUAAUAUGAUAUUCAAGCAACACAUUCAUCAUCUGAAUUAAGCAGUAACACUGGAGAUGAAGACUUUGAAUUUGAUUAUAUGAGAAGAAGAAAAUCUUUAUCAAAGGUACUAAAAUACAAUAUACAUAGACAUCAGAAGAACAUCAAUUUUAACUUGUUAAAAGUAAGAACUUAAGAGAAUUUGCUAGAGACCAAUUUAUCAGAAAGAAACCUUAACAAGAUCCUUAUUAUACAUGA